AUACAGAUACCUGGCAAUAGUCAUUUCAUUACUUCUACACUUCUAUCCUUUACUCUAGAGAUUCGCCAAAAGUUAAAGGAAAUCUUGUCAAAUAAAUUACACAAGCGAUUAGCUUUUGAUUUAUCUGAAGAUGAUGAGGACUAUGAGAAUAUCAGAAAAAUAAGACAAAGGAGCUAUUUAUCAGAUGAUGAUGAUGAGCUUUUAUUUUCUGAUUUUGAAAUAGUACUCAUUUCACUCACAAAUGUUUUUCGUGAAAUUUCUGAUGAGUGUUCAUAUUCUGAUCCUGAUGAAUUGAAAAACAAAAUGACUGAAUCAAGCACAUCUACAAAAGAAGUUGAAAAUAAAAGGCUAAUGACCAAAAAAUGA